AUUAUUGGAACGGAUAGGUGGGCGUUCAAACUUGGAAAAGCAGAAGCGCAGCAUUCAGUUUUAUCCUUUUACGAAGAGGGUUACGUUUUCUCGAUUUAUUUUAAGCAAUGUUCCCUUUUUAUUUUAGGAUAUAAAGUUUCCCUCAGGUAUACGAGUGCGGGCCAGCUUUUGGGGGGCACCGUCGACGACAUAGUGCUUUUUAUUUAUAGCACAAAGGGGAAAUUCUUUGGUGCCAAAGGAAACCCCACACUGUUUGGACAUUUCUUUCCAGAUACGUGGAUUAUGUCUGACUCGGAUAGCACGGAUUCCUAUGAAGGACAAUAUGACGCCAAACAGGUCUUUUCGGAGUUUAAAUCGACAAAGUACUUCAAUCAUCCCGAAAAGCCCUACUGCAUCACGAAAAUUUACGUGAGCGACGAGUGGAGCCAUAUCCCAUUGGAUGUCAAACUGGACUCAGGCCAUUAUAUGAGACUUAAUACCUACUGGUUGCCCCUCCUGCUGCGUCAAGACACCAUUAGCGAGAUGUUUGUCUGGGGUGCAUCCAUAGGUCUGGUCAAUGCAGAUGAUCCCACCGAUCUGAAUCUUAGAACGGUGCGUAAGAUCGAGGCCCUAGAGGGGAUUCUCAAAGCCAUAGACAUCGGAACGUGUACAAAAGAACGAACAUCCAAAUUCAUCAGAAUAAAUACCAGCUUUACAGAGCGUAUGCACGCGGCUGUGGACGAGGCUUUGCUGUGGCUGGAGAAGACGAAGAUAGUUAGAAUCGACGCUUGUAUCCGUGAGCUGAGUCAACGCAGGCGUACCACCUAUGCAGUUUUGCGCCAUGUCUUCAAAGAGUUUGUGGCUUAUAUCUUUAAAAUGACAAAAGACCUAAAGAAGACAGUGGAGGUAUUGAAAGCUAAGUCGCCCGAGAACAUUCAAGCGGCAAGUGAGCUGCUGAAGAGACAAGGCAACGAGCUGUUUAUGGAGGAGAAUUACCAAGAAGCAGUUAAUGCUUAUACCAAAGCCAUCAAUUUUGUCCCUCAAAAUCACAUCUUCUUUGGUAACCGGGCGCUUUGCUAUUUCCGCUGGAAGAAAUAUUUGGAAGCUGCUAUCGAUGGAAAACGAGCCAUUCUGAUAGAACCGCUCUGGCCUAAGGGUCACUAUCGUUUCUGCGAGGCCUUGUUCAUGUUAGGUGAGCUCCAGUGGGCCAUGUGCGCCAACACGGCAGCGCGGAAAGUGUGCAUGAAUGACCGUGACCUGGAGCAACAACAUGAGAAGUUUGUGACUGAAAUGGCAAGACUCAAAGCGAUGCCACAAAAGAAAAAACAGAGUGGCGCCGGUCGCCCAAGAAAUAUUUCAAGUCCAGCUGAAUCCCCUAGGAAAAGUCAUCAUUCAACUAAAACCGGACCCGGUAACAGGUCCAGCCGAGUCGAGACUACGUCAGCAAAAGGCUUUGACAACGGCAGUCAUAAUAAAAACAAUGAUGAAGGCAAUGACAUGAACAAGGGGGCCGGUGAGACAUCAAAAAAGCACACGAAACCAGUUAAAGAGAAAGCAACACAUGCUGCCACUAAAGAGCAACUCAACACAGGCAGCACUAACUCCAAGGAAAUUGAAGAUCUACUCAAAGAGAUGGUGUUGCCUAAUGCUGCGGAAUCCGAGGUCCAAAAGCAAAUCACGAAGCACCAUGAGGUGUUUAGAUGUUUGAUUAAGGACGCCUGUAAAGCUCUCCGCUACCAGGCCAGACUUGAAGUGCAGAAUGGCUUCAAGAAGGUGUUUGACCUGCAGGGAUCCAGUACAUUACAGGAAAUCGGUUUCAGUUUGUCGGAGCUGGAAAUGCAACUGUUGCUUUACGGCCAUGUGCGUACUCUGCUAACAAUCGGCAAACCUCAGGAGGUCGCAGAAGUACAUAAAGUCCUGGAGAAGAUUGAGUCUUACAAGGGAAAGGAUAUUCAGUAUCUGGUUUACUACACUUACGGGAUACUUUACCGAGACGAGACAAAGUACCCAGUUGCGCUGGAACAUUUCCAAGAUUCCUUGCAGAUGGUGAAUAAGAUAACACCACGUAAACUCACCUGGCCGCUAACAAAAGAAAUCAUUAAAGAGACCGACUGGAAAUAUUUUAAAAAAAUUCUAGAGGACUGCAUAAAAUCGUGCAAAUACCCUCCUCGGCCCAUUGCCGUUUGUCGCUGUGAGAACUGCCUCGGUUCUUGGAAAAACAUGUACAUCACCGACUCGGAAUUUAAAGGCUUUGUUCAGUUGAUGUGCAGCCAGAAGUGCCUUAUUGAAUACCACAUCGCUUGCUGGAAAGCGUUCAAGCCGGCAUCUUUUGAGAAAAGCGAGAAGCCAUGUCUGACUCCUGACUGUUCUGGUAUAAUCUCAUGCGUUAAAAUUUUUGACCAAGAGGGCGAGGUAAAACACGUGUUGAACACCAACCAAACGACUCCAAAAAAAGCAAAAGUGAACCAGAAGCCGGCACGUGUGAAGAAAAUGAAGGAGAAAAAACAUUUGAAAAGAGAAAAUGAUGAUAAGCAAAUCACUGAAAAGAAGCGCAGCGUCGACGUUAAGAUGCAAGUGGCCAAAAACUGCACCACUGAGCAGACCCAACAGAACGCUUGGUUGCUGUAUCGAGAUCGAGUCCUCUUGCAAAUCAGCCAGAUGAUGCAGCUACUCCGCCAGGAAACCGGUCUCACCGUGUCAGCCGUGAGCGCCGGCCUGAGGCCCUGGCUGGAGCUGGACUCGGCACGUGGGAACCAUCUCGCCGGCAAGAUGCUCAACUGGGAAGAGGAACGCCUGGAGACUCUGGAGCAGGCCGUUGAGUUGCUUCUCGAAAGAAAGAAUCGCGUUUGGGCACGCGUCUUCAUUCAUCUGCUGUCGAAUACAUUGGAUGUUAAUUUGGAGCUCAGCCAAUGGGCGGGACGCCUCAACGAUGCAGAUCUGAAGGCGGCCAAGUCCUUUGUUGAACGCAACACAGACCACCUGGAUGAGCUCGACCUGACCCCACUUUUGACCUUUGUCCCUUUAAAGGAGAUGACCUGCCCCAAUUUAUUUUCAAGCAACGAGCUGAUUGAUUUUGUUAAGCAGGCCCCGCCGCACGAAAUGAGACUUUUUAUCUGGACUUUAGAGGAGCAUAGAGACGUUUAUGUCUCGUCUAAUGUUUUACUUGAUGAGUACUUUGAUAUGAUUGACGGACAUUGCGCAGUUCUAAAAAAGUCUAAUCAAAAUAAUUUCCCUGCAAGUGUAAGGAAUCGAGGGCGAAAAAAGAAAUCUAAAGAGUCAAAGGGUGUUGUUGUAUGGCCUGGGAUACAAAAUUCAGCAGAAGAAGAGUGGGACCAAGAAGAUCCGAUAUAUUUUCUUGACCCCAGUGAACCCUUCCGGAUUCCCAGAUACCUUCAAGCCCAGGUGGCCAACUUUGAGGACCAAUAUAACCGAACUAAUCAUACAAACUUUAAAAAAUUUUUGGACAACAAUCCGGAUCCGACUGAGGAAAAUUUAUACGACUACUUCGCACAGAUUCUAGAGGAACACGGCCCCCUCCUUGUCGACGACCCGUUGCUGCAUGGCGAGAUUGAAAAUUUCCCGCUUGUGGCUCUUACCAAGAUCCAAAAGGCAGGCGGCGUUGAGCGUUUCCUGGAGGAAUCCCUUCGCUUCAUAAACAUCGGCGGCCGCAUCGGUCUAGCCAAGCACGCCGUCUCUCUACAGCAGACUAUUAGCAAUCAACACCCAAACUCUUCCCAAGUGUUCACAUCUAGGAAUCUUAAUAAUGUGGAGCCUUAUAAAAGACUUCAUAUGGAUGGAGCACCCCCACCCUUUGAUUAUUCAGUCAUUCAUUCAAGGACAGGCCAAGUUGAUCACUCGGAUGACGUCUCGGUUUCGCCUGACGAUUAUAGCUUAUUUGACCUUUAUGCUAGCGGGGUGGAUGAAUCCUGGGAAACAUUUUCCUGUUCAAGUGUUUUAAGUUCAACACUUGAAGACGGACUUUUGAAGAAAGAUGCAGAAGUACAGGCAUCUCAAGCAACCAGCGUUGCGGUGAACACGGAACCUUUGCAGCCUUAUGAGAAAUCCCAAGGUGACAUCAACAAAAAAGUAAAGAGCAUUAGUGUCAUGGAGGAGCAUAUACGUCAAAUAGAAAAAGAAAGCGAGGGAGUGGAUCAGAAGCACCAGGAGACCCUAGCUUCCUUGGACAAGGAGAUCCAAGAUAUCAGUACCAACAUAAAAGUGACCGAAAAAGAGUUGACCCUGUUCCAGCAAAAGCUUGAGGAAGAGGUUAAGAAGGAUCAAAAGGAGAAGAAGGCCAACCAGGAUGAGUUAAAGGCCCUCAAGACGGAAAUGGAAAAAUUAGUAGAAGAGCAAGCGAGUCUCACCAAAAAAAUCAGAGCAAGCAAAGACGACUAUGAAGAGAAGUUGAAUGAAUUCUUGGACCUCAGUAACUGUUCAGCAGCUGAGAAGAUGAGUCUGGAAGAUGAAAUCAAGCGCUACAAAAACUCCAUUGCUGCCACGACAAAGAGGUCCCACGCUGCCCAAUUGUCCAUGUUGGAAACCAUACGUGAUAAGCGUCUGUACGGCCUCCAAGCUCAACUGGCUGAUGUCAAGAUUCUGUGUGCCAAGCUGGAUGAAAAUGUGCAGCGAUUUCCUCACUUGGAAGCGGAGAGACAAAACGUGAGAAGGCAUAUACUAGGACUGGAGCAGAAAAUUGCCGCCGUUGAGAUACAACACAGGGAGCAGCUGGAGCAAGUCAAAAGUGGCAAAAGGGUUAGCGACUUGCUUAGCAUCAACCAGACCGAUACUCGAGUCUCCCCGGUGUGUACCGGAAUAGCCUCAAUGAGCAUUGAGCCCCCGCCGCAGUCGACAGCGGAACCAGUGGUGCCUCCCGCCGCCGAGACAAGGAACCCGGCCAUGAACACCAUGUUUGAGAAGGCAAUAGAGCGACUGGUCGCCAUGUUCCCUGACUACACGAGGUGUGACCUGAUUAGGUUUUUCAAGGAAUUGCGGGUGUCCAACGGUGGCAAUCUGAACAGCAUGAGCUUGCAGGAUGUGGUCAACAGUGUGAGCCAGUUAAUUUUGGACCGUCAGGUAAAACAUUUCAAAUUGUCUCACCAUGGGUUCACUAGACUUACGUGGACCGCUUCCCCUCAGGGGGCCGCUGCGAUGGCAGGGCCAACCCCGGACUUGGACUGUCCUCCAGUCUGGCGGCAAUUAGGAUACCAAAGACCACCCCGACCCAGUGCACUGAACUUGGAGGACCCUUGUGUCAUCUGUCAGGAAGAUAUGAGUCCAUAUGACCUCUGUGUUUUGGAGUGCAGACACACCUUCCAUAAGCAGUGCAUCGCGGCAUGGCUGAAGGAGCAAAGCACGUGUCCCACCUGCCGCGAGCGUGCUUUGUUGCCUGAUGAGUUCCCCGCGCUGCCGGGUAGGAGGUACCAAGCCUCAUGAUCACCGUCUUAACUACCAUUUUUUUCCCCCCAAAUGUUCUUUGGUUGUUGGGUGGUUAAAAGUUCUGAUAUACAAGUUGCUGUUUAUCUGUCACACAAAUGUUGUCAUUGAUUCUUUUAUUAGCAUUGUUCACUGCUUUAUUUUAAGAAAAUUGGGCAACUCUACAACAAAAAUAGGCCAAUACUUACAUAAUUUGAGCAUUAGAGCACACAUCCAACUUACAGUAUAUACAAAUCUUCAAAAUAGCCUGUUUUAAAGUGCAUCAGUGCUCCAAUGAAGGAACAUUCAUGUUAAACGUUGCGUUCCCCACACCAGUUUCUGUGCCACAGUUCUGUAUGUUUUAUUAUAUGGUUUUUGCAUAAAGAACUUUUAAUAAAAAUCUUAUUUUGCUUGUAAGCAAAACAUUUUAAAUGUA